AUGAUAUCGCAUAAAUUGAGUUAUGCAUUUCAAAGAGAUAUCAAAGGCUUAGUGGGAGGAGAUUCUCAAGUGAAGGAAUUGAUGUCGCUUUUAGCUAUAGGAUUAAAUGAUGUUCGCAUUAUUGGGGUUUGGGGGAUGGGAGGGAUUGGUAAGACAACUCUUGCUAGAGUAGUUUAUUGGAAAGUUUUUAGUGAAUUUGAAGGAGGUUGUUUUAUCACUAAUAUUAGAGAAGUAUAUAAUAAAUGUGGUUUACUUCCAUUACAACAAAAACUUAUUUGUGAUAUUUUGAUGGAGGAAAAUGUGAAUAUAAGAGAUGUUGAUGAUGGAGUGCUUAUGAUCAAGAAUAGGUUAUGUCAUAAAAGGAUUCUUCUUGUUCUUGAUGAUGUAAAUCAAUUCAAACAAUUAGAAAAGUUAGCUGGGGAGCCAAAUUGGUUUGGUCAAUUCGUCAAGAACCUCGAAAGUGGAGCAAAUUGGCUAUAUAAAGACAUUCACAAUGUGUUGAAGAACAAUAUGGAAUGUGAAGCAAUUGAAGGACUUGUCCUUGAAUUGGGUAAUCAACAUAUAUCCAAAGAGGCACAAUGGAACCUUGAAGCCUUUUCAAAGAUGCCCAACCUUAAAUUGCUUAUAAUUCAUGGUGCUCCCUUUCUACACGCAAAAAAGCAUUUUGACAACUUGAAGUCCAUCAAAUUGAACAAUUCCUUAAACCUCAUUGCGACCCCUAAUUUCAGUGGAGUCCCAAAUCUUGAGAAAUUGAUGCUUGAAGGUUGUAUAAAUCUAUUUGAGGUUCACCCAUCUAUUGUAGUUCGUAAAAAGCUCACUCUUCUUAAUCUAAAAGGUUGCAAAAACCUUAAUUGCCUUCCAAGCAAGAUUGAAAUGGAGUCUCUUGAAAUUCUUAUUCUUAUGGAUUGUUCAAAAAUUAAGAGAAUUCCAGAAUUUAUGAGAAAUAUGGAAAGCUUAUGGAUUCUUCACUUAGAUAGUACUUCUAUUACAGAACUUCCCUCUUUGAUUAAACAUUUGAUAAACCUUGCUUCAUUGAAUUUAAGUGAUUGCAAAAAUCUUGUGUCUAUUCCUAGCAUCAUUUUUAGCUUCAUGUGGCUUGAAGAUGUCAAUGUAGCUGGAUGUUUGAAACUUGAUAUACAGCUGGAGAACUUUUUAAGUGAUGCUUGUUUGAGUUUGUUUAGAUGGGCUAGGAGGCAGCCAUGGUAUUUGCCAAAUGAUGAGUGUUAUGCGAUGCUGUUUGAUGGGUUAAACCAAAAUAGAGAUUUUGAAGGAAUCCAAUUGUUGUUUGAUGAAAUGGUUGGUGAUUCUAGUAAUAAUGGGAUUUCAUCAUUUACUGCGUAUAAUCGGGUAAUUCAGUAUUUGGCUAAAGCUGAGAAAUUGGAGGUGUCAUUUUGUUGUUUUAAGAAGGUUCAGGAUUCAGGUUGUAAAAUUGAUGUCCAAACAUAUAACUCUCUUAUUACAUUGUUUUUGAAUAAGGGUUUGCCUUAUAAGGCAUUUGAGAUAUAUGGAAGCAUGGAAGCAGCAGGGUGUUUGUUGGAUGGGUCAACUUAUGAGUUGAUGAUACCAAGUCUGGCGAAAUCAGGCCGUCUUGAUGCCACUUUCAAGCUCUUCCAGGAGAUGAAAGAGAGGAAUUUUCGGCCUGGCUUCAGUGUCUUCUCGUCACUUGUUGAUUCAAUGGGCAAAGCUGGGAGAUUGGACACCUCAAUGAAGGUGUACAUGGAAAUGCAGGGUUAUGGGCUCCGAUCAUCUGCUACUAUGUAUGUUUCUUUGAUUGAGUCAUAUGUGAAGGCCGGGAAGUUAGAUGCUGCUCUUAGGCUUUGGGAUGAGAUGAAGAAAGCAGGGUUCAGACCUAACUUUGGGCUGUACACAUUGAUUGUUGAGUCACACGCAAAAUCAGGGAAGCUUGAUAUUGCCAUGUCUGCCUUUAAAGAUAUGGAGAAGGCUGGAUUUUUACCAACCCCAUCUACAUAUUCUUGUCUCUUGGAAAUGCAUGCAGCCACUGGACAAGUAGAUUCUGCCAUGAAGCUCUAUAACUCGAUGACGAAUGCAGGUCUGAGACCAGGUCUAAGUACUUAUACUGCCCUUUUGACGCUUUUGGCUAACAAGAAGCUUGUAGAUGUGGCUGCCAAAAUUUUACUAGAAAUGAAGGCCAUGGGGUAUUCUGUUGAUGUGAGUGCUAGUGAUGUUUUGAUGGUGUAUAUCAAGGAUGGUUCUGUUGAUCUUGCUUUGAGAUGGUUACGCUUCAUGGGUUCAUCAGGUAUUAGAACAAAUAAUUUUAUAAUCAGACAAUUGUUUGAGUCAUGUAUGAAGAAUGGUUUGUAUGAGUCAGCCAAACCUCUCCUUGAAACAUAUGUGAGCUCUGCUGCAAAAGUUGAUCUCAUACUAUACACAUCAAUUUUGGCGCAUCUUGUGAGAUGCCAGGAAGAGGAGAAUGAGAAGCAUUUGAUGUCUAUUCGUAGUGCUACCAAACAUAGGGCACACUCUUUCAUGUGUGGACUCUUCACAGGCCCAGAGCAGAGGAAACAACCGGUUUUAUCUUUUGUGAGGGAAUUCUUUCAGAGCAUCGAUUAUGAGUUGGAAGAGGGUGCUGCAAGGUACUUUGUCAAUGUUCUUCUCAACUAUCUUGUUCUUAUGGGGCAGAUAAACCGAGCUCGAUGUGUUUGGAAGGUUGCCUAUGAGAAUAAGCUUUUCCCAAAGGCAAUAGUCUUCGAUCAACAUAUUGCUUGGUCCCUUGAUGUUAGAAACUUGUCAGUGGGAGCUGCUCUUAUAGCAGUUGCACACACCCUCCAUAGAUUCAGAAAACGCAUGUUGUAUUACGGUGCUGUCCCAAGACGCAUUAAAUUGGUUACUGGACCUACCUUGAAGAUUGUGGUCGCACAGAUGUUGAGUUCAGUAGAAUCUCCUUUUGAGGUCAGUAAGGUGGUUCUAAGAGCCCCUGGAGAUUCUGUCAUGGAGUGGUUUAAGAAACCAAUUGUUCAACAAUUUCUUCUAAAUGAGAUUCCAUCAAGGUCUGAUAUCCUCCUGCACAAGCUGAACACACUUUUUCCCAGUUCAGCACCUGAAAUUAGAUCUCUGUCUCCUCCCAAGCCUCUAAUUGCAAGGAGAGCAAUGUAAACAUAUCUGAUAUCAGUUAUAGGCCUUGUAUUUGCGAAAUAAAACUGUCAAGGCAGGCUGGGAAGUUGUGACAACUGCAGGUCAAAACUCUCCCCCAGCCCCAAUUAAAUUUUUGAAAGAGGGGAAUACAAAUGAAAUCUGCUUCUCCUGGAUGCCUUACCUCAUAAGGUGGCAUUUGACUCAUUGUGCCUCAGCUGCUUUAUAUCAAGAUGCAUAUCUUUCUGUUUGUUGCUUGGCCCAUGACACUAAAUUGGCCUGCCCCACAACUUCCAAAGUCUGUGUUCUUUUUCUUCUGUUACUCUGUUCAAGAGUGAAGUUGACAACUUUUUCUCUGCACUCAAGACUGCCAAAGGCCUGUUCUUUAUUGAGUCAAAUAUAGCUGCAGCUACUGACGAUAAGCAAGUUACUCCUAUUGGAUUUGACAAUAUUUCCUGAUAUGAUUGAGUAUGCCAAAAAUUUGGAUUUGAAUAUCCCUGUAGGGGCAACAAAUUUAGAUGCUUUGUUCCACAAGAGAGAGUUGGAGCUUAAA